GACUGGUGCAUUGUGGGUAAAGCUGCAUGAUAAUCAUUCAUUCACACGAGUAAUGGCGGCCGACGCAGCGAGCGUGUGGAUUGCUGUCAUGUCGGAAGUGUUAUUUUGAUUUCACGCUAGCUAUCUGCACAGGAACCUGUCACAAUCUGGCAAUUCAGUCUUGGAAUGUGUGUGCAUCUCUGGGGCAAAUCUAGCAGCUAUUCGACGCUCUGUGGCAUAGUGACGGCGGUGAAUUUUUGAGCUGGCCAUGGCUGGCGAGACUCGACCGGGCAAGGAGCGCUCAACGUCCGCGAAACACCCGCACCCGACGGCCAGCACCGGGCAGGGCAAGUCGCGUUCCCCGGCCGCACCGUCGCGCUCACGGGCCUCCCGUAUGCUUCCCAACUGCUACGUGUGCGGUGCACGUGGGGCCGACGCCACUCUGAGGAGCCGUCCCCACGCCAGCGAACCGUUCUUUCCUUUUCUCCAGUACCACGAUGCUUCCCCAGGUACUGUGUUUCGGCCGGACGGCACCGUGGAUUGUUGUCAGGUCUGCCUGGCUUUUUUGAAGCAGCAAUGGCUGGCUUACGAGAGCAACAACACGCCGAUAGUAAAGCGCUUGUAUUGGUUGAAGCGCAGUGAUGGAAUUGGAGGAGGUCAUGGCAACAAACCAGACCCCCAGAUGCAAGUGAGCCCACAGGUUCGCGAGGAAAUGUACAAACUUAACAUUCGAGAUGCGCACUACUCGGACACAGGAGUUUCUACCACAAUACCCCCAGGAAGUGAAAACAGCAAACAAGAUAACGGAUAUUCAGUCACGGCUGAAACAGCUGACAACAAACGAAGGACCUCAUUUGACAGUGUGGAUGUGGAUAUACCUGCUGUGACUGUCUGUUAUGGUUGUGGAUCAACAACAUCUAAGCAAUCAACUCGUGUUGUGCACACAAGCCACUGGUCCAAGUCAGAGGCUCCGUACUUCCCAUGUAUUCUUGGCCACCCAGCUCCGCCUGGGGCCAAGCCAGUGGACAACCUUGGCCGUGUGCUGAUGUGCGAACUCUGCACUCUGUUUCUUCUCCGGCAGUGGCAUUCAUUUGAAAGGGACAGUGUGCCCCUCCAUCAGCGAAAAUACCACCUCCGUUCCGAGGCUGAUCCUAACCCCGAUUCAGUGUCGGGUGCUCCCAACCACAUCAUCUGUUUUCUCUGUGGGAAAGCUGUCAAUCUCUCAGACACGCACCUCAUACGUGCCAGACGGUACAACAGCAGUGAACCAUAUUACCCCUUUUUAGACAAGCACUCUGCACCAACAGGCAGUGCACCUCUGAGCAAGGAGGGCCUAGCUCAGGUGUGUCUGCCAUGCAGUAAAGAUCUUUAUGAGCAGUGGAAUGCCCAUGAACUUACCCACACUCCCCAUGACAAGCGCGUGUACCGCAUUCACAAAGCUAAAAAGCAGAGUCGCCCUCACACCAACGCAGACACAAGCUUGCUCAAACAGGCCGAGAAACGACACAAGCUACAGAUCUGCUACCUGUGUGCUCAGACUGUGCCGCCUGAACACACUAAAGCAGUUGACACCCUGGCCCCAGAUAAGGACAACAGCCACGUCAUGUACUUCCCAUUUUUGGCCAACAUUAAAAAACCUUCCCAAGCCAAGCCGAUUGAUGCUGAGGGCCGAGCUUUGAUAUGCAGCAACUGUCAUUUGGAGCUUGAGCAGCAGUGGAAGGUCUACCAGGCAGAGGGCAUCCCGCACAGUGAGAGAAGAUACGUUGGGAAGUACAAGCUAAGCUCCCCCACCAACACCCGCUCAUACACCAAGGGAGUUUGCUUCCUGUGCGGAGCCCACUGUGACCCUAACCGGCUCUACAAGGUCCACUCCUACCCACGCAGAACUACUAACAACAUCGACGAGGCCACGCCGUUCUUCCCCUUCCUUGCCAGUCGCAAUCCCGCUCCAAGCGCGGCGCCAAUCGACGCAGACGGCACGGCCCUCAGCUGCAUGUUCUGCUACUUCAACCUGAUCGCCCAGUGGCAGGAUUUUGAGGACUCGAAGGCGUUUGCGGACAACAAUCGCUGGCUGCGUCACUAUUUCGUUCAUGAGUUUGCCUGCUUUAUCUGUGGCCACCUGACUUCCCGUGACGAUGUCCGCACUGUGAGCACCAAGGAGUACCCCAGUUUGCUUGGGAUCGAGAGGCCUCGGGGGGCCGUAGUCCUAGAACAUGGGAAUACCAUCUUCACCUGUAGUACCUGUGAACACUCCCUGAUCCGUCAAAGGAGAACAUUUGAACAUAUGCAAAUCCCUGAAGAACAAAGGCAUUAUAAGCUGGGAGUAGCAAGCACCUCACGAAAAGAAAGGGUAAGUUUAUCUAGAUCCCUUAUUUCAAGCCCUGUUAUUUUAAUUUGAGUCUUUUUUUUAAUAGGAGCAACAAUAUGUGCUUAACCACGCAGUUCCCCUCGUCUUGUCUUGUCUGGUGCUGCACAAAGUGCCUCAAGUGGAUAUAAAAAAUGUACAAUCUACCAUGCAUCACUUUGAAUCCUAAUUGACCUACAUGUAUCGCCGUUUGCGAGUUAGCCACGCCCCUUAGACCACCUGUGGAAUUUUUUGUACACUAAGUUUUGUUUUUCUCAGAUUUGGGGCGUUCCGCGUCCAUUCGUAUAUCAUACAAUUGGACCUACCGCGGUAGGUAAAUUCUUCAACUGACAGUGUGGCCACAUCUUUUUCUUUGGUGCUAGGUGGAAAUGCUUUCCAAACCUUUGUCAGAUUGUAAUGUUUUGCAUUAUAACACUGAUUUUGCAGGUACCGUAUGCAAGCUGCAUCACUGGUAGCAGUGGUAGUCUCAAGUGAUAGUUUUGAUUAAUUUGUGUGCUUUUUAUAUUACUCCAUCCCAACAGAACCUAUUUGUUUAAUUAAAAAUCACUCCCAAUAAAAAUUGAGUCUUGCAAACCAGUAAAAUGUAGGGCCUAUUUCUGGUUUUCUGAACUCAAAGUUCUUAAAAAAAAAGAAUCAAAUUAGGUUUUGCCCUUCACCGAUGU